AUGUCUGACGACGUGGGUGCUUGUCGCAGAGUCAUUGGCAUGCCUGUAAGGAUUUAAUAGCUUUAAGACCAGGGAGGCAACACUCAAAUAUCACACUGGGAAGCAGAGCCACUCAAGAGGAUCAUAGGAGAACGGAGUUGGAGAAAUCUUGCUAAAUCCAGCUAGAAAGGACCCACAAUGUUGAGAAGAUCAAAAGUGAUGGAUGGGACAGCCACUGGCCAAGGUCCUGAUGCAGAGAAUCUCAAUGGUAAAGAAGUGGGGAUCAAGAAAAAAUCCAGGGUGCCUGGUGUGAUGAUUAUACAGUUUAUUGAGACAAUGCCCGAGGGAAAGAGCCAUCCAGACUUCACCCGCAAGCCAAUUGCUUUGACCAUACAAGAGGGAAAAUUUGCUUUUUUUAAAGCCAUUGUCACUGGAGACCCAAAGCCAACUGUAACAUGGAGCAGAAAUAAUGGAGAUGUGUCCGAUACCUCAAGAUACCAGACCAAAUACGAUCCCAAUUCUGAUGAGCAUACAUUUGAGAUGCCAAACGUUAUGCCAGAUCAAGCUGAUACAUACAAAUGCUUUGCCAUAAAUGAAUAUGGACAAGCCACAGUCACAGUUGUUCUGAAUGUUAUUGAAGUUGGUUUCAAAAAGGCCAAGGCCCUGCAACAAGCAGAAGAAGCUACUGGGAAUUUUACGACUGUACUAAAACGAAAAAGCAAGAUCCGUCCCAAAUCUGAGCAACAUGAGAGAAAGGAUGGAGAGAUUGAUCCAAAAUUUUGGGAGCUCUUGCUCAGUGCUGAUAAGAAAGACUACGAGAGAAUCUGUACAGAGUUUGGAGUCACCGACUUUCGCUGGAUGCUCAAGAAACUGAAUGAAAUUAAGAAGGAAAGGGAGGAGGAACAAGCUCAGUUUGUCAAAAACCUUUGUAACCUGAAGCCUAUUCAGGUCAAUGCCGAUAACUCUGCAUCCUUUGAGAUUGACAUGGACCUCCUUGACCCAAGCAGGUCAAUCUUCCUCUACAAGGAUGGCGAAAUGAUUCCAUAUACAAAGGAGUUGGGAGAUACGCUGAAGCACAGCCUUAAGCAAGUGGGGAGAAAGUAUAUUUUCAGUAUGAGGGACCUGAUGCCAGAAGAUGCUGGACUGUACCAGUUGGAUGUAGAGGAUGUGAAUAUGUUUUCCACUGAUUUUAAAAUCCCCAUGGUGGAUUUCUUGGUGAAAAUUCAGGAAGUGAAGGCAAAGGAGAGAGAAGACGCUGUGUUUGAGUGUGUCCUGUCAAAUCCAUUCUCCAAGAUUCUGUGGUUUGGCAAGAAUGUGCCACUGGAACAAGGGGAUAAAUUCGAUGUCGAGGUUUCAGAGGACAAGCUCAUUCACAGGCUGGUGGUCAAAGACUGCAUGGUGGUAGACAAAGGAAUUUACUCGGCCUGUGCAGGAAUAAAAUCUUGUAAUGCGUGGCUUGUCGUUGAAGCUGACAAAGAUGCACAAAAGGGGAAAAAAGCCCCAAGGAAAACAACAAGGGCUGGAGGAUCUGGAGUGGACUUGCAGAAGGUUGCCCAAGAGCAACAAGUCAAAUUAGAGAAAGAAAGAGAAGAAAGAAAAGAACAGAUUAAAGCUGCUAAAGAAGCUGCAGCAGCUGCACCUCCACCUGAACUUCCUCCAGCUCCUGCACCUACUGCUGCUCCUGAGGCGCAGAGAGACCCUGAACCAAGUGAGAAUGCUGGCUGCAAGGUUAUUUUUAAACCAGGUAUAGUAAAUGAGCUGGCUGUAGUGGCUUCGGAUCCACCGGUUGUGGAGGUAGAAAGCACAGAGGAAACCCCUGCUGGAGAUUCGGGAGGAGCUGAGGAAGCCACUGGCGUUGAUCAACCACACGCAGAUGUAGGAGGUGAGCCUUUUAUUACCGGUGGACUCUCGAACAUUUAUGCCCUUUGUGGAAAGCCCGCCGAAUUAACUGUGAAGAUGAAUGUGGAGUGUGAUGGGGCCUGGUUUAAAGAUGGAGCGCAGUUAACCUCAGGUGACAGGGUCACCAUGACCAAAGAUGGAACUUCUCACAAACUGGCAAUUCAAAGCUGCACAGAUAAAGACUCUGGACUUUAUCGUUUUGUAUCGGGGGAACAAAGUACACAAGGAAAGGUCACUAUUGGAGACGUACCUGAAUUUGACCCGGACGACCUCCACAAGUUCGCCAAACCUGUAACAAUAAGAGUGGGGCAGAAUGCUGCUUUCAAGAUGCCCUUUACUCCUCAGGAAUCUUUGGUGGUCAGUUGGUUUAAGGAUGGCACUGAGAUCAAAGACGGAGGUGGAGUUAAGAUCGUGCGGGAGCCCAAUCACAGCCGACUGUUGCUCAGAGACUGCCUGCGGACUGACGGAGGGGAAAUAAAGAUCCAACUCAAAAACCCAUUUGGGGCCGUGGAGGCGACAUCCCAGCUUAUUGUGCUUGAUCGCCCAGGUCAACCAGAGGGUCCAGUGGAGACUGUUGAAACCACCUCAUCUAUGAUUGAGAUUAAAUGGAACCCUCCCAAAGAUGACGGUGGCUCAGCAGUCACCAACUAUAUUGUGGAACGGCAGCAGGCAGGACAGAGUUUGUGGACAAAACUUGGGGAUGUCUCAGCUGACAGGAACUCCUUCAGAGACAGGAAUGUGACUCAUGGAAAGAAGUACAAAUACCGUAUCUAUGCAGAAAACCCUGAGGGGCUGAGUGACGCCCUGGAGACAGCUGAAAGCAUUAUGGCUGGCAUAAUGAUACUCUCCGGGCCACCUGGUGCCCCCAAAGUGGUGAGUGCCUCUAAGACAUGCAUCAACUUGACCUGGACCCCUCCAGAGGAUGACAAAGGGGUACCAAUCAUUGGUUAUCAAUUAGAGAAACGAAAGAUGGACACAAAUCAGUGGAUUGCCCUAAAUGCACUUAACGAGCCUAUUGAAGGUGUGAACUAUGCAGUUAAAGAUGUCACUGAGGGAGCAGAGUACGAGUUCAGGGUUGCAGCAAUCAAUGAGUCAGGAUCCGGAGAUCUAAGCCCUCCAUCUGCAGUGGUGUGUGCAAAGAAUCCCAACAUGAGACCUUGUUUUAAAGAUCCAGAGGACUUCAUUGUUGUAAGAGCAGGAAAUUCUGCUCGCGUCAAAAUUUCCUAUGAGGGUGAACCUCCACCUGAGAUCACUUGGCUGAAGGACGAUGAGCCAAUAUCCCCAUGGAUUAAUGUUAUUAAUACGGAGGGAAUGUCUCAGCUCGUUAUUCACUCAUCAAAGCGGUCGGAUUCAGCCAUCUACACUAUAAACGCCAAAAACUCUGUGGGCGAGACUUCGUUUGACGUUGAGGUUAGAGUCACAGAUGAACCCAAGACUCCAGGGCCUGUGGAGUUAGAGCAAACAGUACAGGGCAAAGUCAUGAUCUCAUGGGCUCCCUCUCCAGACCAGGGGCUCGACGACCGCCUGUACUAUGUGGUAUCUCAACACGACUCCACCACCAGAGUGUGGAAGACCGUUGCAGAUCGCCUCUUCGCUAACACAUACACGGCCAACAACAUCCUUCCUGGGAUUGAGUAUCAUUUCCGGAUCUACGCCAAAAACGAUAUGGGCCUCUCAGAUCCCUCUCAGUCACCGACAUGGGGCGCAAACAGCAACAGAGUUCAAAUAACUUCAAAUGGAGUUAAAUCGUCAGAGAUUUGCUUCGAGAGGCCUCCGUCCAUCCUGGUCCCUCUCAAAGUCCACACACCACCCAAAGGUUACCAGCUCUUCAUGACGUGUGCUGUUCGCGGAUGCCCUACGCCCACUGUAUCCUGGUACCUGAAUGACGUCUGCAUCAACUCAGACAGCAACUACUACAUCACCAACUCGUACGGAGUGUGCUCCAUGUAUAUCCUCAGAGUCCGACAAAAGGAUGGCGGUGAAUACAAGGUGAUCGCAGUCAACUCUUUCGGCAAGGCAGAGUGUUCCACUAAACUUGUUGUUAGAGAUUAAAGUGGCAUGGAGGUUUUCUACAACCUUUUCUGUUACGGAGAUGUUCUGGAAAUUAAGGAAGUAGAAUGUUUUACUGCAAAUAAUUAAUUGAAAGCUUGUGGUACGGUUAAGCUAAGUGCUGGUAAAAUCAUCCAUUUAAUUUAUUUACAAUGUCAUGAAAGAUAAUAAUAAUUUAGUACAAAAUAUAGUCUAGGGACCUCUGUCAAAUGUUUGAGCUCUUACCGACAAUAAAUUGAAAAACUGA